AUGAAUAAUUCAAAUGAAGAUGAUAUUUUGAAUAAGGAAAAUAUAACCGACUUUAGAUCUAUUCAAAAUAAUUUAUAUAAAAUAAAUACACAAAAAGAUAAUCACCAUGAAGUAAAUAAAAAUAACCAAAUGCAUUUUUUACAUUCAUCCAAUAAUGAGGAAUGUGUAAAUAAUAAAGACAAGAAAAAUGAUACGGAUACAAAUAUCCUCUCUUCAAAUAGUUCUCAUUUAUCUAAUUUUACCUCUUUGUAUCAUAGUAAUAUUAUAAACAAAUUUAUAAUAAAUGAAAGACAACCACUAGACAGAAAUGAGCAAACAUAUGAUCAUACAAAUAUAUAUAAGCAUGAUAUAAAUAUAGAUAAUUAUAUAAAUUUGAACUCAAAUAAAUUAUGUCAUAAUGUAAACCUAGUAAAUAAUUCACUUGAUAAAUUUAAUAAAAUAGCAUUUAUAAAAAAGUUAAAAAAAAAUAAACCCCUUUACUAUAAUCAACAAAAAAAGGAACAUCAUGUUAAUUUUAUAUAUAAACAAAAUUAUUUUUAUAAACGCAACGAAAAUAAAAAAACGAACCACAAUGAUAUUAUUAGCAAUAAUAAUAAUCAACAAUAUGAUUUAAAUAUAAAACAUAGUAACAAUCAUGAUGAUACCAAAAAGCACAAUUUCAAUUUAUUCUUUUUUGACAAAUCAGAUCAUUUUUAUAAUGAAUCAACUAUCAAUAUGAAGAACACAAAAAAUAUUAUGAUCAACCCUAAUACGAAUAACGAAUAUGAUUCCAAUUAUGAAGAACAAACAUAUAAUACAAAUGAUGAUAAUAUAUAUAGUGAUAUUUAUGCUAACAAAAAAAAUCAAGUAGAUAUAAAUUAUCAAAAUAUAUCAAAAAAAUUUACAGCACCUUACAAUAAUGUUUAUGAUAAUACAAAAUGUUAUUAUAAAAAAAAAAAAAAAUUAAUAAAAAAUAAAAAUAAUAAUAACAAUAAUAAUAAUAACAAUAAUAAUAAUAAUAACAAUAAUAAUAAUAACAAUAAUAAUAAUAACAAUAACAAUAAUAAUAAUUACAAUAAUAAUAAUGACAAUAAUAAUUAUAAUUAUAAUUAUAAUAAAUAUCACAUAAAUAAUAAUUACAAUUAUAAUACCCAUAAAAAUGAUAACCAUAUAAGUGAUCCAAAUUUCCAAUUUCAAUUUUAUAACAGAAAAGACAAUGAAAAUACUCUCCUAACUUAUUCUACAUCUAAUAAUUAUCAAAUGCUCAAUAUCUUCUCAAGAAUUAAAGAGAAAAAAAAAAAGAAAAAGAAGGAAUUAAAAUAUUCAUUAGACCAAAACAAUUUACAAAUAUCGGAUAUACAAAAUUAUAUCAUAAACAAAAAGUUCCUUAAAACGAAUUAUAUAAAAAAGGAACAUCUUAAAAAAAAUAUAUCACAACAAAUGAAACAAAUGCCAUAUUCAUGUGAAAAUAAUUUUUAUAAUUCAAAUGAACUUUUUGUUAAUAUAAUUAAUGAUUUCAAAAGACAGAAGGACAAAAAAAAAAUAAAUAUUCAAAAGGUACAAGUGAACAAUGAUGAAGCUAUAAAUAAUCUUACCACAUACCAUAACAAUAGCAACAAAACAAAUAUCACUGAUAAUAAUGGUAAUAAUAAUAAUAGUAACUACAGUACAACUAUUUAUGUACAAAACGUACAACACUUUAAUUAUAAAAAUAAUGUAAUGAAGAAGAAAUAUAACAAUUUAUUAAGAAAUAAAAACCUUCAAAAAGAUAUAUACAAUAAAAGGAGAGCAAAAAUUAAGUUAUACGAAAAUAUUAUCGAAUUUGAAAAGCAAUUCAAAAAUGCAAAUGACAUUAAAAAUGAUAUUCAAAAUGAUAUUCAAAGGGAUAUUCAAAAUGAUAGUCAAAAUGAUAUUCAAAGGGAUAUUCAAAGGGAUAGUCAAAAUGAUAUUCAAAAUGAUAUUCAAAGGGAUAUUCAAAAUGAUAGUCAAAAUGAUAGUCAAAAUGAUAUUCUAAGGGAUAUUCAAAGGGAUAUUCAAAAUGAUAGUCAAAAGGAUAUUCAAAAUGAUAGUCAAAAUGAUAUUCUUCAAUAUGCACAAAAAUAUAGUUAUUACAAAAACAAAUAUUCUGUUCUUAAUAAGGAUAAUGUAAAUUAUUCUAAUAAUCCAAUAAAUAAUAUACAUACCAAUCAUAGCACUUCUCAUUAUAAUAAUGAAAUAUCUGUUUUACCCUUUAAUGAAACUCCUAAUAACAAAGAAAAACAUAAAAAAAUCGAAACACAAAGUGGAAAAGAAAAUGCACAUAUAAUAAAAGAAUAUCAUAAUGAAGAAACACAAGAAUCGAAUAUUCCCAUUCAUUUUAAACUCAGAAGAAAAACACCACGAAUAUUUAAAACGAAUUAUUUGUCUAGGAAAAAAAAAAAAAAAAAAAAAAAAAUUAAAUUACACUUAUAUUCUCUCUUUAAAAAUUACAUCCAAAUAGAAGACGUACAAUCACUCAAAAAACUUACAAAUAAUAAGCACACAAACUCCUAUGAACUUCAAAUAAAUAAUAAAAAUGAAUUCCUUAACUCAUUCUUACAAUAUGAGAUGCAAGAGGAAAAACAAAAUAUGAAUUUAGAGAAUUUAUUCCAUUUUAAUCAUAAAUUUAAAUCAAAUAUAAAAAAAAAAAAAAAAUUUAAAUAUAAUAUAUAUGAUGACCAAAGCAUACAUACACAAAAAAAGAAAUAUAUAUACAUAAAUGAAAAUGUACAUAUUGAUAAUGAUAAUAUGAAUCAUAUAAACUUCUCUCCAAAAAAAAAAAAAAAUAAUAUAUAUAUAUAUUUUAAUAAACAAGGAAAGCAUUGGCAUAUAAAAAAAAAAGCCACAUAUCAUAAAAAAGAAAAAAGAAAAAAAUUAAAUAAUAACAAAAAUACAUAUCACAAAAUUUCUUCUCUUCAUAUUAAUAAAGACAUAUAUUUCUCACAAGACGCAAAAAAUAAAAACCACAAUAAUGAUAAUGAUAAAUCUAUUAACAAUAAUAAUAAUAAUAAUAAUAACAAUCAUUUUCAUCAUGCACAUGCUCAUGAUGAUAUAUUGAAAGAAAUUAAAAAACAAGAAAACAAUCAUUUAAUUAUCAAUACAGUAGACAAGGGUCUAUCUCAUAAGGAAUAUAAUGAAAGAGAAAAUUAUCAAGAUUUCGAAAAGAAGGAACACCAAGAAGAUAAUACAUACAAUCAAAAUAUUCAACAUAAUGAAACACAUGAAUAUGAACAAUAUAAUUACAAUGAUCAGAAAUCUAAUAAUUCAACAGAUAAAAAUAUAAUCAUACAGGAAAUUAAAAUAUCAAACGAUCAAUGUCCAAAUUCAUAUGAAUUACAAAACAGUAAUGAAAACAAAACAGAAAAAUCAUUAUUAUGUCCCUUAUCAAAUAACUUAUUAGGAUUAAGUGAUCUUUUUUCAAAUAACAUAGAUGAAUUAUUAAUAUCUGAAAAUGAAAAAAAAACAAAUGUUGAUAUAAGUAAUGUUUCCAAAGAUAAACCGAUCAAUGCCCAAAAUAAUGUAAUGACAAUCCAAUAUACUCACCUACAUUUGGAAAAGAACAUACCAUCAAUACAUACAUCAAAUACGAACGUUCAUAAUGAAUAUAUUUUUAAUAUUGAAAAAAGAUAUGAUAUUCAGGAUAAACAAGAAAAACAUAUAAAUUAUCAAGAUGAAAUUAUAAAACAUACUACUGAAAGUAUAAAUCUAUAUGCACAUAUGAAUAAAAACACAAACCAUAUCUAUGAAAACAAAAAUGAACAUAUAAACGAAACAAUAAAUACAACCUAUGAUGAUCAAAAAUUUACAGACCAAUCUAAUCAUAUUAAAACAGAAAAUGAACAUACACCAUAUAAAAAUGAUGAUCUCGCAAAUGUAAAUAUUAUUCCCCAUGAAAAAAAAUCUUUACAUACAUGUGAUAGUGAUGAUCAUAUAACAAUUUCCAAUAAUAAGGAGGAUGAAUUAAAUGAAUCUACUAUAAUGGAACAAAUUAACAUAAAACAAACUGUUGAAGGAAAUAAGGAUAAUCAAAGUUUAUAUGAUGAAGCAACUUAUGAAGAAAAUAACAGUAUAUGCGAUAUUGAGCAAUAUACCCAUAAAUAUGAUUUAGAUAAUAAUAUAAAUAUAACCCGUGAUUAUACUUAUCAAAAUAAACAGGAUAAUGACAUUGUAUAUAACACAGACAAUAUAAUAUAUGAUAAAAAUAUAAACCAUAUGGAAUCAAAAAAUAUUUCUAAUAAUUAUGAAAUAAUUAUUUUAAAAUCUGACAUAAUUAAAGAAAAUAUAAAAUCAAACAUUGAAUUAACGGAAAGUUAUAUUGAAACGAAUAAUGUUGGAGAACAUUCUCAUAAGGAAAAUAAUAAUUAUUCUGACGAUCCAACAAAUCAAGAACAAAAAAAAAAUAAAAAAAUAAAAAAUUUAGAUGAUGAAAUAAAAUUGCAUGAUGAAAAAGAGCUUCAAGAUAAUAUAAGCAGGGAAAAUAAUAUAAGCUGGAAAGAAGAAGAAUAUUUUGACGAUAAAGAACAGUUUCAUCAUAAAGAACAAAAAACGUAUUCCGAAAAAAAUCAAAAAUCGUGCCUAAGCAGCGAUAAUGAAGAAAUGCUAAGUCAUAUAAAUCAAAACAAUAUAACUUAUAAGAAUAAUCUUGAGUUAUAUAAUAAGAAAUAUACAACUGACAGAAAAAAUAAAAAGGACCCUAAGAAAAUAGUAUCAUAUAUAAGAAUUAAACAUGUUAAAAAUCAUAACAUAAUAAAGGAAUUUAAUUAUUUAAGUAUUAAAAUUAACAAAUAUAAUUUAUUUAAACAUUUAGGUAUUAAAGAAGAACGAUUAAAUUAUAUUACAUCAAUAUAUCAUUCAUUCGAUUAUUAUAACAAAAGAAUAAAGAAAAACGAUCAGGAAAAAAUAAAUAAAAUAAAUGAUUUAAUUUAUCAAUACAGUAAUGAAACAAAAAAUAAAACGAAUAUUGAUAAUUAUAAAAAAGAAUUUGAAGAAAAUUUAUUAAAUAUAAUAAAUUAUAAUGGACAACAAGAAGAACAUGAAAAGGAUGAAGAGAAUGAAAGGAAUGAAGAGAAUGAAAAGAAUGAAAAGAAUGAAAAGAAUGAAGAGAAUGAAAAGAAUGAAAAGAAUGAAAAGAAUGAAAAGAAUGAAAAGAAUGAAAAGAAUGAAGAUAAUGUAAAACAUGAAGAUAAUGUAAAACAUGAAGAUAAUGUAAAACAUGAACAAGUUGAAGAAGAAUAUAAGUUGUAUAGCUGUAAAAGUAAUACGAAUAUAAAUAAUAACGAAUUUAUAGGCAAAAACAAAAAAUAUCAUAAUAGUAAUAAUAAUAGCAAUAGUAGUAUCCGCAAAUAUCACAGAUGUAGUAAUAAUAUAAAAGAUAAAUUGCAAAAUGAAUUAAUUCGUCAUAAAAGUUAUAACUUGUAUUCAGAAAAUGCAGAGAAAGAAAAUAUUCUUUUAUCUAAAGAGAAUGACAAAGAAAAAUAUGUAGAAGAAGAUUUGUCUUAUAAUGAUAAAGACAAAUAUGUAAAUAAUAAUGAUGAUAUAAAAAAUAUAAUUCCUUACAAUGAUUACUCUGAAGAUGAUAUAAUCAGUUAUGAAGAUAUAAAACGGAAUAUAUGGUUACAAAAUAUGGACUUUCAAAAAAAUAUAGAAAGGAAAAAUAAUAUUGUUAAUUAUAUCCAAUUGGAAUCAAUGAAAUGCAUAAUUUUAUUUUGUUCUUUAUACAAAAUAAAAUAUUUCCAAGGUAUGCAUGAUAUGAUAAUAAGUUUGUUUUAUUUAAAUUUAGAAACCUAUGAAAUAUUUUGUGUUUUUGAAAAAAUUUUACAUUAUUAUGCUCCCUAUUUAUAUUUACAAAAUAAUUAUAUGUACACUAUAAAUACAUUAAAUGAAAACAACAUAACAAAAAAUUCAGCAUAUAAUAACAUACCUUUAGAUAUAGGAAUAUAUAUAUGUAAUAAAAAUGCUAAAUUAUUUAGGUUAUUAUUUCAAUUCUUCUUUCCUCAUAUUAGUUAUUAUUUUGAUACAAACAUAGAUGAAACGUGGCCAACCUUUUUUUUUGUUAAUUUGAAUUUUAGUAAAUUUAAUAAUGUAUAUCGUUUAUUAUAUAUAUGGAUGAAAUUAAUAGAAAUAAAAGAUACAACAAAUGAAGCGACUUGUGAUUUUAUACUCUAUUUACUUUCUUUCUUUAUAUAUAAAAUGAAGGCUAUUAAAAAUAAAAUUUAUGAACAAGAUAAAAACAAAAAUUAUACUAAAAAUGAUAGUUAUAAUUAUAAUUAUAAUUACAAUUAUAAUUACAAUUCAACGCCAUCAUUAUCAUAUGAACAUCUUAAAAAACAAAAUAUAUGUGAUCAAAACGGCAUCAAAAUAAAACCUUAUAAAAAGAAAGAUCCAAUAAAACCACAUUUUGUCAAAGAUCAAAAUGAAUAUAUGAUAAACAAUAAAAAUUUAAACAACAAUCAAAAUAUAUAUAAUUUUGAAAAAUUACAUGAAAUAAAUAAUAUCUCAAAUCAGGAAUCUAUUAUUCACACAAGUGAAAAAUCACAAGUACAAAAUACAAAUGAACUUAUGGAACAUCAAAGUGAUCAUAUGAGGAAACAAAAAUGGUCCAUAUAUUGUAAAGAAAUGUUCUCAUUAUUUUUUGAAUUCAAUUCAUCUUUCGAUGAACAUUUUAAGGAUAAUUAUGAAAUGCAUAUUGAUAACAUAAUAAAUAACAUAAAAAAUAUAAAAGAUAUGAUUCCCAUGAGUUUUAUAAAUUUUAUCAUACAUUAUAAUUCUUUAUAUCAAAUCAAUGAUCAAUUAUUACUAACAAAUGAAAAAUCACACCCUUUACACAAAACAUCAUAUUAUUCAAACAAACAAUUAGAUAAUAAUAAUUUAUGCUUACAUAUAUCUUUGGCAGAUUUAUUAUUUAUACAUAAUCAUCAAAAAAAAAAUUAUAAUUUCGUUUUUAUCCGAUACGUAGAAGAUAAAAUUAUCCUAUCUAAACUUUUAUAUAUAAAUAUUAAUAAUCUUACUAUUCAAAAUUUUAUCGAGUUCAAAAAUGUAAACGAAUUUUUGAAAUGUAAGCAACAAAAAAAAUUGAAAUCAUUAUAUAAUAAUGAAUUCAAGAAUAAAUAUAAUCAUAAAAAGAAAAUACUGUACAUAAUAUUACAAAAUGGAAAUAAUAAGGGUGAACAAAAGAAAAUACAUAACGACAUCAUACCUAUCAAUAGUAAUAAUAAUUAUAAUAAUAAUAAUAAUGAUAACAAUUUUAUAAAUAAACAAAAGGAAUAUUCAUUUAGUACUAAAUUCGUAUCAUCAUUACAUAAUCAUGAUAACAGGUUACAAGAUUUUAUCAUGCAACUCUUAAAAAACAACAUCAAAUAUAUAACCAUAUUCCAAGAAAGUUCUAGUAUCGUUAAUAUAAGGAAUGAUAAAAAAACAAACAUUUCUUAUCAAAUUAAAGACCAAAGGAAUUUGAAAGAAAAUAAUUUCUUUUCAGAAAUAUUUAAAAAGGUUAAAAAUAAAAUAUAUGAUAAUAUUAUAAAAGAUAAUAAUCAAUUUGAUGGCGAAAAACAAAUCCCCAAAAAAAACGAUACAUCUAAUCAAAAUGAUAAUAUAACAUAUACAUUGAAAGAUUCCAAUUUUAAUGUUUUUAUUAACAAAAAAAUAAAAAAUAAAAAAUAUACACAUCAUAUUAACCAUAAAAAAAAAAAUAAUUUAAAUUAUAAAUAUAACUUCAAAAGUAAAAGAAGAAAUGAAAAAAUGAAAACAAAAAUGAAAUCUAAAUUUUUCAUAAAUAAUUUACAAAGUAAAUUAACAAAUAAAGCAGUAAGUAAAUAUAAAAGUAACAAAAAAAUGCAUAUUUCAAUAAAUAAACAACAUAAUAAAAUUAAUUCAACAAAAAUGAAAUCUAUUAUUAAUUCUACAGAACAAAUAGAACUUAAAAGUUUUAAAAAUAAUUAUAAUUUAAAUAUAAAAAAUAAUGUUAUAUUUAAAAAAAAUUAUAAUAGAGAAAAAUUAAAUAUCAAAAAAAACAAAUCUAAUACAUUAUCACUUAAUAAAGAAAAUUUAUUAUAUGAACAAAAUCAAAAAAAUAACGAACAAAAUAUUCACAACAACACUAUAUAUAAUAAUACAAUAUUAAAAAAAAAUACUACCAACUUGUAUAAAACAACAGACACACAAUAUCUUAAAACUAAUAUAAAAUUACACAAAGAUACAAAUGAUAUUCUUAUAAACAAGAAUCAAAUUGAUAAAUAUAUUCGUGAAAAUGAAAAAUUCAAUAAUGAUAAAAAAUACAACUUUUUAGACUUACAUCAAAAUUUUAUUAAUGAUAUAUUAUUAGAUCAUUUCUCACAAAAUAAAAAAUUAUGUAAUCCCUAUGAAACAGAAAAAAAAUAUAUGAAUAAAUGCAUUCCAAAUAUGGUUAACAUGCUCAUUUCGAAAAAUAAAAUACGCUAA